GUAAUGUGCAACUUUGCAUCGCCGAAUAUGGUUGGUCACACGGGCGUGUACGACGCAGCCGGGGAGGCCAUCUCCGCAACGGAGAAGGCCGUCGCGAUGGUGUACAAGGCCUGUGAGGAGGCGGGUUACAUCCUGCUCAUCACGGCGGACCAUGGGAACGCGGAGCAGAUGAUCAACCCCGAGACGGGUGCGACGCACGCGGCAUACACGACGAACCCAGUGCCGUCAUCAUGACGGGCGACCCCAAGAC